GGCGGCUCCUACGCCACGGCCCGGCGGGCCCGGCGCCGGAAGUGAGCUGUUCCGAGGCGCCGCCGGGAGCUGCCACGUCCGAGACCUGGAGCAGCCACCGCCGCAAUCAUGAUGAGGACACUUGAGGUUCGGAGACGUGGAGCCUCUUGCACAGCUGCUUAAGUGGUAGUAGAGCCGAGAUUUGAACCCUCCUAAUCAUUCCUUUCUGCCGCCUACUGCAGCUCCCAGCAGAGAUGAUUGAACUGUUGCUCGGGGUAGGGCCCCCAGACUUCGGGGACCUGGUUUUUAGAGAGUCUAGAAUCUGAUGAGAGAACCUGUGCUUACUUGGUGUGUACCUCUUGAACUGCUUUGCAGCCAUCCUCUUCCAGUGUCUGCCUUUCUGAAAACACAAGUCAAACUUUAUACCUACAGGGCUUGUGCUGGAAAAGAUGAAAUGGGGAAAAUGGUGUCAGUAAUUAACACUGUGGAUACCUCCCAUGAGGACAUGAUUCACGACGCCCAGAUGGACUACUAUGGCACCCGCCUGGCAACCUGCUCAUCAGACAGGUCCGUCAAAAUCUUUGAUGUGCGCAAUGGAGGGCAGAUCCUUAUCGCCGACCUCAGAGGUCAUGAGGGUCCUGUGUGGCAAGUGGCCUGGGCUCACCCCAUGUACGGCAACAUCCUGGCAUCGUGCUCCUAUGACCGGAAAGUCAUUAUCUGGAGAGAGGAAAACGGCACCUGGGAGAAGAGCCACGAGCAUGCAGGACACGACUCCUCAGUGAACUCGGUGUGCUGGGCCCCCCAUGACUACGGCCUGAUCCUGGCCUGUGGGAGCUCGGAUGGGGCCAUCUCCCUGCUGACUUACACCGGGGAAGGCCAAUGGGAAGUAAAGAAGAUCAACAACGCUCACACCGUGAGUCCAUCCCCUGCCUUUCGUGCAGUGAGAGCGCCUGCCUUGCCCUGUGUCUGCUGCAGCCUCCCUAGAGGGUGGCAGGGGAGGGUCCCCGCUGGACAGUGGGCCGGGGAGUGGUCAGCUGACCAGACAUGAUUGCUCUAGAGUAGCUUUGAGCCUCUUUGCCCUGAAGCCAGACCAGGCAGGGCUUGGCACUGCUUCCUUGUUGUGUGCUCCCAAGCAGGGGAGGGCUGGUGCAGCAGCAGCCUGCUCACUGCCACCUUAGCUAUGGUUGCCUCCGGGUGACAUGUCCUGCAGUAGUCAUUGGGACCCUGUAGAAUGGAGUGGUGUUAUUAAAACUUUUAAAAAGUAUGUGAGCUAUGCAUGCAUUUAAGAAAGAUUAAUAUAAACAAGGUCAUUCUUUACCCAACUUUUGGUGAAUCAGCGAGUGACAGUGGUCGUGAUGGUGGUGGUUCAAUCAAGGAAUAAAUGUUUGCAAAGCGAACAUCAAUGUCCUACCUCCUACCACCACACAGUUCAAAAACCAACAAUAACCAAUGUGGGGGGCUCAUAUGACUAAUGCCACAUCGUUUGCUGUCAUGCAUCUGUAUGAUUAUUGGAUAUUUUAUGAGUUUAAUUCUACAAUAAUUUGUAUCUAUUCUUUUUCUAAUCUACUCAUUCCAGUUCAGGGUCACAGGUGGUUGGAGCCUGUCCUGGCAGCUUAGGGCAUGAGGCAGAAGCCAGCCCUGGACAGGAUACCAUUCCACCAGAGGAGCACUCACACACACCCCCACACUCACACUGGGACAAUGCAGACGUACCAUUGAAGUGAACAUGCACAUCUUUAUUGUGUGAAAGGAAACCAGAGUACCAGGAGAGAGCCCACGCAGACACAGGGAGAACACACAGACUCCACACAGGCAGGGGCCCCCGCUGGGAGUUGUUUUUUUUUUUUCAAUCUUGUCAACAUUAUAAUGAAAUGAAAUUGAGGAUCAGUUGUACAUAGAAUGAGACAAUCUGUGGUCUUUUGUGACUGGCUUCUCCUACUUACUAUAAUGAGUUCAGGUUUCAUCCAUAUCAUAGCGUGUAUCAGCACUCCAUUCCUUUUUAUGGCUGGAUAAUACUCCAUUGUGAAUAUAGACAUUUUGUUUAUCCAUUCAUCGGAUGAUGGAUGUUCUCGGCCUUAUGAAUAAUGCUGCUAUGAACAUUUGCAGAUAAGUUUUUGCAUGAACACAUGUUUUUAAUUCUCUUGGGUCUAUACCUAGGUGUGAAAUUGCUGAGUCAUAUGGUAAUUCUGUGUUUAACUUUUUGAGGAACUGCUAAACUGUUUUGCAAAGUAACUACCCUUUUACAUUCCCAUCAGCAGUGUAUGAGGGUUCUAAUUUCUCCACAUCCUCACUCACAUAUGUCUGUCAUUUUGAUUACAGCUGUCCUAGUGAAUGUGAGGUGGUAUCUUAUUGUGAUUUUUUGGGUUUGUUUUGUUCUGUUUUUUUGAGACGGAGGCUUGCUCUGUCACCCAGGCUGGAGUGCAGUGACAUGAUCACGGCUCACUGCAACCCCCGCCUCCCAGGUUCAAGCAAUUCUCAUGCCUCAGCCUCUUGAGCAGCUGGAAUUACAGGCACACGCCACAACACCUGGCUAAUUUUUGUAUUUUUAAUAGAGACAGGGUUUCACCAUUUUGCCCAGGUUGGUCUCAAACUCCUGGCCUCAAGUGAUCCGCCCACCUCAGCCUCCCAAAGUGCUGGGAUUACAGGUGUAAGCCACCACACCCGGCCCUUAUUGUGAUUUUUAUUUGCAUUUUGCUAAUCAAAGAUGAUGGUGAGCAUCUUCUGGGGGCUUUUGGAGAAAUGACUGGGAGGGGUUUGCACUCUGUAACACCCAGUGAGUGGAAGCGGCCCACAAUAAGAAAGGCUGAAGGGGCGGGAAGAAAUCUGAGCUCUGUGAUCCUCCAGAGCAAGCCUCUGGGACAGGGCCCCUCAGGAGGAAGAACUGCAGGAAAUGAAAUCACAGUUGAGCUGGAUAGGGACACAGGAAAGGAAGGAUGAUGUAGACCAAUGUGGGGAAGAGGAACAAAGACAGGAACUCCUGAAAGCCAUCUCCCACGUUUUUUAACACUACACAGAAACGAGGGAGAGUUCUGAGCUUAGACUUUCCUGAGCCUUUCUUAUCAGGAAAACUCAUCUCACCUAAAAAUAACAGAAAAGUAUUUGAAGUGAAAUUGCAUACAGUUGUUAUAUAAGAAACAAGAAUAUGCAAAAUAACCUCCCUGCGGACAAUGAGAGCACAUUAGAAAGACAUGCCCACAUAACCGAGCCAAGCUGUAACCUGCUAUUUCAAAUCAAGCCAGGUGACAUUCUAACAAUACAAAACAAGAAAGAAUAGUGUAAAUCAACUUUUUAAAAAUCAGCAAUAAGGUGACAGAACUCAGGAAAGAAUUAGAAUUAAAAAUCAUUUCAGAAGUAAAGACUAAGACGAAAUGCAAGUGUCGAUGAACACAGCAGAUCCUGCCUGAAAAGGAUAAACAGUGUGAAAAAGGAAACAUUUCAAGAGCAAAAAAAUGAAGAGGUAAAAAGGUUUUGACCAAAAGUAAAGACAGGCAGAAAGGUCAGACAUAUGAAUACCAGGAGUCCCUGGAAAGGAAAACAGAACAAAUACCAAAAAGUAAUCCAGAAAACUUUCUUAAAAUUAAAAAACAAAGAUUUGAAACUUGAGAUUGAGAGAUCAUACCCCACACUUAACAAUAUCAGCCGGGCGCAGUGACUCAGCCUGUAAUCCCAGCACUUUGGGAUGCUGAGGUGGGCGGAUCACCUGAAGUCAGGAGUUCAAGACCAGCCUGACCAACAUGGCGAAACCCCGUCUCUACUAAAAAUACAAAAAUUAGCCGGACGUGGUAGCACACACCUGUAAUCUCAGCUACUCGGAAGGCUGAGGCAAGAGAAUUGCUUGAACCCGGGAGUCAGAGGUUGCAGAGAGCCAAGAUCACGCCAUUAUACUCCAGCCUGGGCAACAAAGCAAGACUCUGUCUCAAAAAAAAAAAAAAAAAAAUCAAGGCCAGGCGUGAUGGCUCAGCCUGUAAUCCUAGCACUUUGGGAGAUCGUGGUGAACACCUGUUUGAGGCCAGGAGUUCAAGACCAACCUGGCCAACAUAGACCCUGUCUCUAAAAAAAAAAAAAAAAAAAAAAUUCAACCCAGCAUCACCAACAAAAAGAUAUAAUUCUAGUAAAAUUAUUAGACUUUAAAGAAAAUUUUGGGGGGUUCUAGAGAAAAGGAACUUUGUGACUUAAAGGGGAAAGACAAUUAGAUUAUUGUCAGACUUUUCAAUAGUAAGGAUUGGUGCAGAAGAAAAAAAGAAUAACUUGUUUAAAAUACUCCAGGAAAGAAAGUGUGAGCCAAGGAUUUAUAACCAGGAAAAUUGACUUUCAAGUUCACACAAAGACUUAUACACAAAAGGUUAUAGCAGCUUUAAUAGCCAAAAACUGGAAAUAGUCCACAUGUCCAUCAACAGGUAAAUGAUAAGUUGUGAUAUAUCCAUACUUUGGAAAUACUGUGAGCAAUAAAAAGAAAUGACUGCAAUAAAAAGAAAUGACUUAACAAAAUAAGAUGAAGAAUAAAUUUCAAAAUAAUUAUGCUGAGUGAAAAAAAGAAGAAAAAGGACACACUGGGAUUCCACUGCUGUAAUAUCUAGGAAAUGCAGCUGAGCAGGCCCAUGGUCACCACGACUGGGGGCUGCAGGAUGGGGAGAUGGAUUACCAGGGGAUCCAAGGAAACUUUUGGGAAUGAUGGGCAUGUUCCUUGAUUGAGGUGAUGAUCCUACAGGAUAUAUUUUUGUCAAAAUUCACCAAAUCAUGCACUUGAUAUGCAGUUUAUGUCAAUUAUACUAUAUCAAAGCUGUUUUCAAAAUUAGCUUUUGAGUGUAAAGGAUAUGAACUAUUAUCAAUAUGCAAGAAUUCAGGGACUAUUGUUUCUAGGAGCCCUUCCUGAGAAAUCUACUAGAGGAUACAAGUCACACAACAAAAAUGACUACAAAGACUUCAGCAUAAAUAUAUAGUUACUUGUAGAGAACUAAGACGAAAUGAGGGUUAAAAGGCUGGGCCCAGGGCGGGCACAGUGGCUCACACCUGUAAUCCCAGCACUUCGGGAGGCUGAGGCAGGCGGAUCACCUGAGCUCAGGAGUUCAAGACCAGCCUGGCCAACAUGGCAAAACCCCAUGAUGUGGUUUGGCUGUGUCCCCACCCAAAUCUCAUUUUGAAUGCCCAUGUGUUGUAGGGGGUACCCAGUGGGAGUUGAGUCAUGGGAGGAGGUCUUCCCCAUGCUGUUCUCUUGAUAGUGAAUAAGUCUCACAAGAUCUGAUGGUUUUAUGAGGGGGAGUUCACCUGCACAGGCUCUCUCUCCCUUUUUGCUGCCAUCCAUGUGAGAUGUCACUUGCUCCUCCUUGCCUUCUGCCAUGACUGUGAGGCCUCCCCAGCUACAUGGAGCUGUAAGUCCAUUAAACCUCUCUUUUUUUUGUAAACUGCCCAGUCUCAGGUAUGUCUUUAUCAGCAGAGUGAAAAUGGACUAAUACACCCCGACGCUACUAAAAAUACAAAAAUUAGCCAGGCGUGGUGGCACACACCUGCAGUCCCAGCUACACGGGAGGCUGAGGCAGGAGAAUCACUUGAACCUGGGAGGUGGAGGUUGCAGUGAGUCAGAAUCGCGCCUCUGCACUCCAUCCUGGGCAACAGAGCCAGACUCCGUCUCAAAAAAAAAAAAAAGGCAGUGGUUCUCACCUAUAAUCCCAGUACUUUGGGAGUCUGAGGUGGGAGGAUCACUUGAGCCUACGAAGUUUGAGGCUGCAGUGAACCAUGAUCAUACCAGCCUGCACUCUAGCCUGGGUGACAGUGAGACCCUGUCUCAAUUAAAAAAAAAAAAAAUUGUUAAUAAUAAAUAAAGAGGAGAAUCAGUCAUCUUUGGAAAGUGAUAGAACCAGUUCAGAAAGAAUCAAGCGUUUCUCCAGCCUUUCCUUUUUGACCUUGUAUUAGUCUGUUUUCUCGCUGCUGGCAAAGACAUACCCAAGACUGAGCAAUUUACAAAGGAAAGAGGAUGGAGAACUCACAGUUCCACGUGGCUGGGGAAACCUCACAGUCAUGGCAGAAGGCAAGGAGGAACAAGUCACAGCUUACGUGGAUGGCAGCAGGCAAAAGAGCUUGUGCAGAAAAACUCCCAUUUUUAAAAUCGUCAGAUCUAGCGAGACUUAUUCACUAUCAUGAGAACAGCAUGGGAAAGACUUGCCCCUGUGAUACAAUUACCUCCUACCAGGUGCCUCCCACAACACGUGGGAAUUCAAGAUGAGAUUUGAGUAGGGACACAGCCAAACCAUAUCAGACCUCUAUUCCUGGGUAAUUGAAUAGUUAACGAGGAGAAGUGUCCCUAUCUGGAGCAUUCCAUGGAAUAAAUGACAAAGAAAGGAUGGAAUUAGAGUAUCACCAUUUUGCAAGCCCCAGUGAAUUAAGAGAGGCCUCAGUUAUUGACAGCUGUUAAUAUAAGAGGCAAUCUAACGUGGCUCCUGAUGAGAGAACGCACCAGCUCUAGUCUUGCCAAAGGGAUCACACCUGAGUCUGUCCAGUCUUGGCUCCAGCUGACAGUUUUCAGAAAUUCAGAGGAACAUAUUGAACUGCAUAUGAAGCAGCAAAACCCAGACCGAGACUAGGCUCUCUUCAGCAGAAAAAUUGUAAGGAAAAAAAUCGGAGGAAUCUGCAAAGUAGGAGAUGUAAAAAACAUCCAAAAAAAUGUUUAAUGGACAAGACUAAACUGUAGUAUCUAGGGGUGCACAUUUGGGUGAUAAAUGGGGGAAAAAUGGGUUAGAAGUUAGGGCAGUGGUUACUUAUAGUGGAAGAGGGAGCUGUGAUUAGGAAGGGCAUAAUGACGGCUUUUCAGGCAGGUGGCAGAAUUUUUGUUUCUUGAUCUAUUCUUUUAUAAUAAAAGAUUUUUCUUAAAAAAAAAAAAGCUCCAAUGUACCAUUCUUUCAUGUGUUUAAAAAAUGUCCUGUUUCUUAAACUUGUGGGAGUUCUUAAUUUCUACUUUUAGCGCACACUGCAGAAAAAUGCACACACUGUUGGGAUCCUUGAGGGAGAAUUCUGAGCAGUGGACCACAUGAUGAGUGCUUCAUGUCAGCCUUCACACACAGUCCAGUCCUGAGAAGCGGAGGGGAGAGGGACAGCAGGCUUGGGUCUGCGGAAGCAGUGUUCUCUUGCAAGGCAGAGUCACCAUGUGUCCCAUC